AUGCGGGGCGUACAGGUGCGGGUGAUUGGCUGCCAGUUGCGGGCUGGUGCAGGUGAUGUUAGUGCUGAUGGUGGCGCGGCUUUGCUGGAGAGUCGCAACGGUGUCGAUGCUGCACCUGCUUCGCCGGGUUCCGGGUCGACGGAUAAGAUUGCAAAGCCUGCUCCGAGCACUAGCGAUGCCGUCGUGGCGGACUCUGGCGCCAAAUCUGCACGUGUGCUCUUGAAACGCUACUCGGAGUUUGACGCUCUGCGCCAUGCCCUACGGGUCCGGCAUGGCAGCGCCAUUCCCAAGGAGGUGGAUGCACAUUUUCCACGCAAGCGCCUCUUCGCUUCCAACACAAGCGAUAGCGUGACUGCAGAACGGACCAUCAAAUUGGACGCUUGGCUACAAUCUGUCCUGCAGCUCGAUGUCUUAGCCGAUAGUGCCAUCUUGGCGAGCUUCCUUGAGCGGCCUCAAGACACCGUGCUCUAUUCAACAUGGACCGUGUGCCCCGCCUGUCGGCUCCUACGCCACCGCGCUCUCCAUCACCACCACUUUCACCACACCCAAGAUCCCUCCACCAGCUCUGCUUUCCAUUUUGAAGCUGCCUGGUUGCCGGGCACCGUCGUCAUAGAUGGGGAAGGUCGCAAUAUUUGGCUCUCGGCUCGAUGCCAGCAUCACGGCAUCGUUCGCGCCUUGAUGCACAGCCGCGCCGCGGUGGCCUGGCGCACGCUCUGCCUCCGAGGCCGUUUCUCCUUUUUAACGGAAACUGACCAUGUAUACCCUGCCCUUACCAUCAGCGGUCACCCAACGGCACAAGCACCCCCGGCGCCUGGCACAGAGGCAUCCGCACCCCCACCCACGCUCAUGGGACCACAUUGGCAAGUCGACCCUUUUCGUGCCACCGUCACCGUUGAACUAUGUGCCUCGCCUGAUCUGACGGCCUCUGGCCGUGGUCGGGCUGGCAGCAUAACAACUUCGAGCGCACACUCUGCCGGCGCUUCCGCCAGCAGUGGCCCAAACGUGCCGGAUACCCCACGCAAAGUUCAGCUUCUCUCCGCUCUGGAGCUGCGCGACGCAGUUGCGGCCGCCAUGACAGCGCUCCGUGCCAGCCUGAGCAAUUUUGAGCGCUUUGCAGUGCGCUUCCGCACAGAGCACAACGUACCCGCUGAGGAGCUGAAUCAAGUUCUCCUCCAUCUCAUGGGGGAGGAACUGCGUGGUCUUCGACUCGGGGUACAAGUGCCACCAGAGACCAUGGCUAGCUUGGCUGAUUUACCAGACUCCAUUUUCCUGAGCCCACGCGUGUACGCCUUGCUGGACAGUCGCGUUCGUCGGGGUGACGAGGACUGGGCUCGCCAAGGCCUUGUGGCAGCGUUAGCGGCGCUGGCCGCCUUCCAGGAUAUCCAAGUCCACGUGCAAAUCAGAGUCGAAGCCCCUUUGCCCAACCUCGAGACCUUCUUCCUUUCCCUACUUCGCCAUCGUGCCAUGGUUCGCAGCGUGACGGUAGUACUGGUGCGCAGUAGCCAGCUACAGCUUCGCGUUGCUCACAAACUGGCCCGGCAGUCGCCGGAUUUUGACCCCACGAGCACCACAACUCAACCAACUGGUGGCUCGGGAGCAAGUCGUGCGGCGACAUCGGCCAUUGUGAGCAACGGAAGUCAGAUCCAAUUUGGGCGCGCUCCAGCGGCACGCGAUCUCAAUGACGUCGACGUGGUGCCGGUGACUCGGCUCAUCACGCGAGCUUGCAUGGGAAACGACGUGGACUUGGUUGAGAAUGACUUUUUCUCGCCUCUAGCCCUGCAGCUCCUCGAGCCUCUGCUUUACGUCUUGGGCUAUGGCUGCUACCGCGUGAUAUACCCAGCUUUGCUGACUCCUGUGACCAUCGUGGUUCACUUUGCGGAUUAUACGAGCGUUCCGCUGGCCCGGAUAUUUGACAUGGAGCUGCUGAUCAUAGAGCUGCUGCCCAUGGUCUCUGCGCUGCGCGCAGCCAAAUAUGGCUCGCUGACCUCACUUACGCUGGUGGGCAAGGCCAAGGCAGCGCUGCGCAAGUGCUGGCAGCCCGCUUGGAUCCAAGCCCACCCGGACAUGGUCACUGUGGGCUUGGACAAGGCCGUGCUUGACGUCGUGGAGCGUGUGGCCCUUCGCUCUCAGCUCUUGAUUGCGGACCGCCUGACGGACGAUGCGGCGGUAGACAUGCUGGCGGGCUACCCUCCCUCGCAAUAGGUCGGAGUCAACCCUUUUUGGGGUUUGGCUCAACAUUGGGACAAGAUUAAUAUGAAUU